AUGACGGAACCUGAUCUAUCUAUCUAUCUAUCUAUCUAUCUAUCUAUCUAUCUAUCUAUCAUAUGCUAUGCUUCUUGGACCGACAUUUUGACUAAAGAGCUUUCUUCAGAUGGAAAAUUGGGAAAGAUAAGGUUUCUCUCUCUCUCUCUCUCUCUCUCUCUCUCUCUCUCUCUCUCUCUCUCUCCCAUUCACACAUCUCGCUCACAGACUUUUUUUUUAUUUUCUUAUUCUGUAGAUUUUUCUCUGUCUGUCUUUCUUCUUCCUUUCUCUUACUCGAUUUCUCUUUCUUUAUUUCUGUCACUUUUUCUGUUCAUUUCUUUUUCUCUUUGUUUCUUUCUUUGCAUUACUCUCCCUAACUAUCUACUUUUCUCUUUCUCUUUUUAUUUUUCUUUCUUUCUUUCUUUCUUUCUUUCUUUCUUUCUUUCUUUCUUUCUUUCUUCAUCUCUCUAUCUUUCUUUAUCUAUCUAUCUAUCUAUCUAUCUAUCUAUCUAUCUAUCUAUCUAUCUAUCUAUCUAUCAAACUAACUAA